GAACUUUUGAUUCCAGUCAACAUAGUUCACGACACCCAGCCGAGUUACCGUACCCUGCAUGCCGGGACGGUCGACCAAACUAGGAGAAGCAUGCUGAAGAACGCGUUCUUCGCCCUGCGCGGCGGCAGGCUGCUUCUGCGCCCACGAGCCCAUUCUCAACUGCCGCGAUGUCUGAACGUUCCAACCUCGGUGCGGUUUGCGCACUCUUCGAAGCAGCCUCUCGACAAAUCGCCCUUUCCGACAGACCCAGAUACGAAAGUAGACGAAUCAAUGCUUGCGUCUUUCGGGCUCCGACUGCCACAAACGAUCGAGGAAGCUGAACGGUUAGAAGGUCCGCUGACCGAAGAGCAAAUCAACGACCCCAAUGCCACCGAGAUAUCCAUCUACGAGCAAGAUCCCACAAGUCCCACCGGCGAGCGCCUCGUCCAGCACAUCCGAACACCCGAAGAGCGGCGGAAGCACAACGAGAUUCACAAGAUGCUCAUGCGGGCAGAAAGCGACCCGAACUACGACGACCGGGAGCUCAAUCGGCAUCUGCUGGACGAUCUCAUGAAAGAUCCGUACUUUGCGGACCUGACUGAUGACUUGAAGGAAAUCAAGGAGAACUUCGUUUUGACGAAGCAGCAGCAGGAGGAAAUGCUAGAAGAGGCGGGGAGGGCGGAGGAAAAGGCCGAGAAGAGCAUAGAGAAGGAAUUAACAGCACACUUUCAAAUGGCAACGCAUGAUACUUUGGAGGAAUUGAAGAACGACCCUCUCUUUGCGUACGCUCGGGCGGAACUGGAAGAGCUGCAGGACGCUUUGCCCGAACCUGAUGGUGACACGGCGGAAUACGACGCAGCGAUGGAAAAGGUGGUGGAAAAGCUUAUCCAGGACCCAAAUCUCGAACGGAAGAUGACCGAAUGGCAGGCUGACAAGGGGUCCCUAGAUCCGGCAAAUCCUGAAUCGCUCGAGACGGACCAGUUCGUGAUGCCUGAUGAGCUAAAGGAACUCGCCAAGGAACCGGAAGAACUCACCGCUCUGCUGCGUCAGAUGAAGGAGCUGAUGCGCUCCAUGGGUAUGGGCUCCUUGAGCGACCCAGAGCUCACUACCGAGAAUGCGCUCGAUACGCUUGAGGCUGAAAUGGAGAAGGUACUCAACGAAGAUCCAGACAACGAAGAUCUAGAAGAAGAAGAGAUCAAGGGCAGGGAAAUGAAUUUUGCGGAGCUUGGCAAAGAGCUGUUUCAGCUCGCAAAGUCGUCACCGGCCGGAGGCGCUCGGGAUUUCGACGAAGAGGACGAACCAGUGGAUCCUGAGCUUGAAGCCAAGGUCGACAAGAUUAUGAAAGAUCCGAAGCUCAUGGAGAAGCUCAUGUACAUUCAACAAGUCAUCAAAGAGGAGCAGCAGAAGCAGCAGCCUAUGGAACUGGCACCCGACCCUUUGGAGCUCGAGCCUCACCGCAUAACAAGCAUACAGAAACGCAUGCAAGUCGCAAAACAGGACCCCGAGCAUCUCGCUGCUAUGGAAAGCCUUCGUGUGCACCUCGCCCCGCCGUUCAACAUCGCGCCGGCGCUCCGCAUAUUCAACGAUGCCAUUGAGUACGCGUAUAUUGGCGCGAACGACGACAUCCGACGCAUCCUUUGGCGCGCAUAUUCGAAAGCGCGCGUACUGCCGACAUUCUUGCAGAAUCUCUCGGAUGAUGCAUGGGACAUCAUGUACUACUCGCAGGCUGUGACCUGGACAAGCAAUCAAAAUCGGGAAAAUCACUUGAGGCUACUGCUGCAGGACCUGCAGAGCGUUGGCAAAGAUGGGCCUCCAACGCAUCCGGAUGUGGUGGCCGAGAUGCAGCAAUAGUAACGGCCACGGGAUCCGACUAGAGAUGUAAACUAGGCCGAAAGGCGUGUAUAAUAC